AGAGAGCAGCUGAUGAAAAUAAGGAAGUACACGCGGUCGAGUCGAAGUCGCCGGGAGAGCCUUUUUUCUUCUCCCUCCUACAAAGUGAAAGUUGAUCAUUCGACAUUAAUAGAAUCGAUGGCACAGCAGCUGUGCUACGGAAGUUAGCUGUCAAGCUAAUACCGUCACCGACUCUACUUUAGCUCAUAACAAGCCCUUGACAGAAAGAAAGAAAGGGGAAGACAGACGAAUUUACUCCUCUGAUCCCCAGAAUUAUCAUCAGCCACCAUGGACCACAAAGGGGAACCACAGGAAGGAACCAAGGGGGUAAAACUGGAGGAGCUGCCACAGAUGGACGGUUCAUGUGAUGCGUGCGAGCCUGACGAGGCCCAGCCGGCCACACAAGUAUGCCAUGCCUGCAGCUUUGCCUUCUGCCCAAUCCAUGCCCAGAGGCACGCCAGCAGGACACAUCAUCUGCUAACGCCUUAUAACCACGAUGGAGCACAAGUUAACAGACUUGACACCGAGAGUGAUUUCAGAGUUGGAGGUGAAGCUGAGGAUGAGGCUCACGCAGAGAAGGCAGCGGAAAUGGGUGCUGAUCAGGAAUUGGCACCAAUCGGAGUGGGGUUGGUUGAUGGGGAUGAGAGCAGUGAUGCUGAGGAAAGGGCGGGAGCCCAGAAGGAUUUGCCUCCGGCGGCCGAGCUGGGUGAAGGAGCUGAGGGCGCCGACGCAGGGCAGGAGGCUGUGGCUGCUGAAGAGAGUGGGAAGAGGGACACUGUGACCGUAGAGAGGCUGCGCUGCAAGGAGCACGGACAAGAAGGCUCCCUUUACUGUAAACCAGAUGAGAAGAUAAUCUGUGUGGUGUGCGCUGUGCAGGGUGAGCACAAGGAUCACGAGAUCAUCACGCUGCAUGAGGCCUAUAUGUGGCAGAAGAACAGGGAGGGUUAUGAUCUGCUCGGCUGUACACAGCAGAUUGCUGAGAAUAUCAAUGCCAAGUGGAACAACGCCGAAAUGUCCACAGACGAGCUUGAGGCCUAUGUGGACAGCCAGUUCGACGAGCUCCGCAAACUGGUGCGUCUGGAAGAGAAGAGGACCCUUCACCUGGUUGACCUCAAAGAGGCGUUCCUGACGGCGUCCGCUGCAGAGAAGAUCGCAGAGAUCAGUGUUCAAACGGAGCGGCUGCAGGAGGAGAUGGCCAACAUCACACACCAGCUUUGCCUGCUGGAACAAGCUGAAGAACAGGCAAUAGGUCCUGCUUUGGUAGCACAGGCCCUCGUGGCAGCGGCCGGACCAGCCCACAGAGUGCUGCAGGACUUUGAGGUCAGACCAAGGUUACCAGAGCCGAGGGCAGCCCCCAUCGACCCACGGGACUUUGAAGAUGAUGAUUCUGGACCGUCCAUGGACCACGCCCCCUGAUAGCAGCACAUCCCGCUCGCGCUGCGUCCACCUGUCCUUCACUGUCUGCUCCGACCGGCCGUCAGCACAGCUUGGCUGUCAGCCUGGACCUCGCUCUGUCAGCCGUCUCCUUUGUACCGCCCCGCCCCUCCCCGCUGCCCGCUGGCAGAGAGCUGACCUUGAAGGAGGCUGCUGUGACAAAUACGGAUGGCCACGUUCCUUUCUGCUCUCAAACCUUUUUAUAAUCCCCCCAGUAGCUGCUAACUUUCUUUAAUUGAAGCACAAGAGUUCUGUGCAAUCAAUUACAGUCAGGCUCAGUUUCCACAGCCAGCUCAUGCUGGUGAGCCUGGCCGACUCGGAGAGGAAGCCUGGGUAGGCAGCCGAGCGGAGCAUCUGUUAAACCCAACAGAUGUCAGGAGUGGGAAAAUUCUGUGACACUCUGCGCUUCGCUCUUCAUUUAUUCAGAGAAUCAUUUUGGUUCGGUUGUUUCGACAAACACUUGUGGACACAGAAAGGGAACAUUUGACGCAACGCCUUAAAUCGUCAAGAGAAUAUAUUAAAAAUAAAUUAUAGGUGUUAGAUUACUUAUUUUGAUUGUAAAAAAAAAAGAAAAAAGAAAUGCAAGUGUCUCUUGUUUCUGUUUUAUAAUGUCGUCUCUGGUGCCAUCACCCUCCUGCCCUAACCUCCUGAUUCUUUAUGCUUGUAGAUUUCUUAUUUUUCUUCUUGUCAGAUCUAUUAUCCGAAGUGGCAGGAGUGGGGGAGGCAUUUUGACACCCUCUGAUUGGUAAAUGUUGCUGAGUCUCUGUUAGGUGAAAAUCGAAAUGCAAUUUGACUGUGCAAAGUAGUCCUCUCACAGCAUCAGCUUCCUGUGUACUGUAAUGUAAAGGACCAUUACUCCCGGCCAAUCUGCAGCGUAUGACAGAUUGUCGUUCAGACUAGCAUAUAUAAAGUAAAUGCACUUUCUACCUUGACCCGCUCAGCAAUAGUUUUCCAUCAUGAUGUACCACCGCAGGUCUGUCUGUAUCAGCAGUUUGCUUUAAUGUGAUUGAUUCUGUUGUCUUCGAUUCAAAAUUUCAUUGAGAUGAAGCCAUGCCCACUUCGGUAUUGAUUAAGGUCAUCGGUCGGUCGUUGGGGCCGGUCGUCAGAAACAGAAAUGGGCGUCGUUGCUUCUAAACUGGGUUGGAAAAAUUACAAAUGCGGGACAUGUUUAACAACACGACUUCACUACUGUAGCACUGCACAGAGACGUCUCCCCUGAGUUGCAUGCCGACCCAAGGGGAAUGAUGGUGAAUCAACAGCCUAUUGAAAUAACUCCAACAGCUCUUUCUUUAUUCUAGUGUAACAAUAGACAGGAGUCAGAUUUUUAUCUCUCCACUUUUCAUUUGUCUUUUUUGUCUUGAAUCUAUAAAUAAAGAGUCUGUUUCUUA